CAACACAAUGUUUAGUCCCAACCAGCACAACCUGACGUGCAAGAUAGCAAGUGAACUCUACGCAACCUGUUCACUGAUGAGGAAGGGCAUGUCUAAUUCAACAAAGCAGUUAAAAGGUUGUGCGUCUUGACCACACAUUAUAUAUUGGAUGUGGCGGUUCAAGAAAUAGAGGAAAUAAGUUUUAAAUUUAACAGGGUGUGCUAGUUUCCUUCACUGGGCAGGACACCGAAAAAAGAAAGAACGAAAGUAAAGAAGUAACAUUAGUUUGUAGUAACUUUUCAUUAAUUUGAAAAGUCGGUAAUAUUUGGAAAGCGUUGGAAGGCGAAAGAAAGCAAUCAGGGAAAAGUAAAACCUGAUGUAGAUAUGAUAGCUGAGGCAAACGCAGCACAAAGAGCACAAGCGGACUCCGACCAAACUCCUCUGACCGCAACAGAACCUGAGGCACACGCGGGAAGCGGGCACGCGCCGCUCGGCUCUGACAUCGUCAGCGUCGCCGCAGCUCGUCUGUCUGCCUGUUGUCAUGGAGGAGCCAAGAUGGCGGUCCUGGCCUAUAGCCUAGGCAAACGGGAAAUAAAUCAAUAUUUCACUAUCAAAAAUGCAAAAUUGCUAUCUGUCGCCGCCGUCGUGAUUCUCACUGUGUUUCACACAGCUUCUCGACACUAUGGAGGCGGUGACACAUGUGACUGGCUUUUAUCCAGUGGACGUUUUUUAGGGGACAAUGUAUGGCAGCCCUACGGCUGCAUGCUACACAAGUACAAAAGCACUGAAGCAAAGUUGUGCCUCAGAGAGAAGAGAAUAGCAUUUGUAGGAGACUCUAGAAUACGCCAGCUCUUCUAUUCAUUCAUCAAAAUGAUGAACCCUGAGGUGAAAGAAGUUGGGAACAAGCAUGAAAACAUCCCUUUUGUAGAUGGUGAUUCCACUGUCGACUUCCUGUGGUAUGCUGAAGUGAACAAUUCCUUGAAGGAGCAGUUGAUGUCAUGGACAGAGGGAUCUGCUUCCAAACCACAUGUCAUCAUCAUCGGUGCUGCUACGUGGUCCAUUAAGUUGCACAAUGGCAAAAGUGAGGCGCUUUUGCAGUACAAAGCGAACCUCACAGCUAUAUCCGACACACUGGAAAAACUAGCUGAGCACAGCGAAGUCUAUUGGGUUCUGCAAGAUCCUGUUUAUGAGGACGUGCUAAGUGACAGUCGAAAGAUGAUCACAAACGAGCAGAUAAAUCUGUACAACGAGGCGGCGGUUAGUACUCUGAAUACCAGCAAAAAGAAGAUCAAGUUCUUAGAGGCCUCUCGGCAAGCUGCUAUGGAGACCAUUUCCCAGUCUGUGGAUGGUUUGCACCUUCCUGAGAGCACAAGAGAUGUUGGCGCCAUGGUUCUGAUGAACUCCCUGUGCAACAAGAUCUUAAAGCCCAUUGAUGGCUCUUGCUGUCAGAGCGCUCCUCCUCUAAGCAUCCUCCAGAUGUUGGCUGCUGUUCUCUUCCUGAUGGCCGUCGUCUGGUUCCUCGUCCUAGGCUAUAGUAAACAUCGUAAAAGCAGACCUGUUUCUGAUGUGGAGAGCGGAGAGGAGAAGAAACCCCCUGCUGUGGGUCAGCUGAACUCAAAGGGACCUUUACUGGCCAUCUGCAAAAUGAGCCUUAUCAUGUUGUACUUCUACCUGUGUGACAGGGCAGAUAUCUUUAUGAAGGAACAGAAAUUCUAUACACAUUCUACCUUUUUCAUCCCUCUCAUCUACAUCUUCGUUCUGGGGAUCUUCUACAGUGAGAACAGCAAGGAGGCGAAGCUCCUGAACAGAGAGCAAACGGAUGAAUGGAAGGGCUGGAUGCAGCUGGUCAUCCUUAUUUAUCACAUUUCUGGAGCUAGCGCUUUUAUACCUGUGUACAUGCAUGUCCGUGUCCUGGUAGCUGCGUAUCUCUUCCAAACAGGAUAUGGACACUUCUCAUUCUUCUGGCUGAAGGGAGACUUUGGACUUUACAGAGUGUGUCAGGUUCUCUUCAGGCUAAACUUCCUUGUGGUGGUGCUGUGUCUGGUUAUGGACAGGCCUUAUCAGUUUUAUUACUUUGUGCCUCUAGUCACCUUUUGGUUUGCAGUUAUCUAUGCUACAAUGGCAUUGUGGCCACAGAUUCUUCAGAAGCAAGCCAAUGGUAGUGCAUUCUGGAAUCUGGCACUAUUGUUGAAACUUUUGGGUUUGCUUCUUUUCAUCUGCUUCUUUGCAUACUCACAGGAACUGUUUGAGGCUAUUUUCUCUUUGUGGCCAGUUUCAAAACUCUUUGAGCUGCAAGGUAGCAUCCAUGAGUGGUGGUUCAGGUGGAAACUGGAUCGAUUUGCUGUGAUCAAUGGGAUGCUCUUUGCCUUCAUAUACCUGCUGCUGCUGCAGAAAUGUCAGCUGCUGUCUGAAGGGAAAGGAGAGCCUCUGUUUUCCAACAAGAUUUCCAACUGUCUGCUCUUUGUCUCUGUGGUGUCUUUUAUGACAUAUUCCAUUUGGGCCAGUGGGUGCAAAAACAAGUCUGAGUGUAAUGAGAUGCAUCCAUACAUUUCGGUUGUCCAGAUUCUGGCUUUCAUUUUGAUCCGGAAUAUUCCUGGUUACGCUCGCUCUUUGUACAGCUCGUUCUUUGCGUGGUUUGGAAAGAUUUCCCUAGAGCUCUUCAUAUGCCAGUAUCAUAUUUGGCUAGCAGCGGACACCAAGGGCAUCCUGGUCCUCAUUCCUGGAAACCCCACUUUAAACAUUAUUGUCAGCACAUUCAUCUUCGUCUGUGUAGCUCAUGAGAUUUCCCAGAUCACCAAUGACUUGGCCCAGGUGGCCAUUCCUAAAGAGAGCGGGCCUCUACUGAAGAGACUGCUGGGGGCAGGAGCCUUUCUAGUGCUGGUACUGAUACUGUCCCGAAACGAGUAAUCCAGGGCAAUCAGAGACAGUAGCACACCUCGUUCGGAAUUGAUCCAGGGAAUUCUUACGGCAUGGGUCUAUAUAUAAAAAAAAAAACUCUGGAGCCAAGAACCGUGGAACAGAAGUGCUUCAGAUGAUCAAACAACGAUUAUGGAAGCAGGAUGUUUGCAGUAGACAAAUUACACAUACUGUGUGUAGAUGAUACCUGUACACCUCUGCUCUGUCCUCUCUCUCACAGCUCUGAGAUGCGUUUUAUGGACAGUAUUUAAUAAUUUAUGUUUUAUACAGGGGUAUGUAUUUGUGUGUCCUCAACGUCUCCCAGUUCUCAGUUUUUUUUUGUACCUGACGCCCAUGACUGCAAAAUGUGAAGGAGUAAUACAUUCCUGCCUCUCACCUUUUAAAACUGACAGAACUCUAUCGGCAUCAAAUGUUUCUUUACAAUUAUUUACAUUCAUAUCACACCAGCAGCUUGUGAAUAUGAAACCUUUGGAUUAUCGAAAGGUGAACAUCCAUUUCUAUGCCGUUGUAAAAACUCCCUGGCAGUGAAUUUCUUACCACUACUAAUGGGAUCCAUAAGCAUGCACUGCUUCCAUCAGAAUGUUUUAUAGAGGGUGACUGUUUGAUCAGUAAAUUUUAGGUGGAUGUUAGAGGAACGGCUACUGAUGUGAAAGGUAAACUUGAACUGUAAAGGAACACUCCACUUUUUUAAAAAAAAAAAAAAAAAAAAAAAGGCUAAUUUUCCAACUCCCCUAGAGUUAAACAGUUGAGUUUUUUUUUUUUUGUUGUUGUUUUUUUUACCGUUUUCAAAUCCAUUCAGCCGAUCUCCAGGAUUGGUGGUCUAAUCAGAUUCAGUGAUCUAUGCUAAAAGUGCUACCGCCAGACCCGGCGAUCGGCUGAAUGGAUUCGAAAACGGUAAAACUCAACUGUUUAACUCUAGGGGAGUUAGACAAUGAGCCUGUUUUUUUUUUUUUUAAAAAAGUGGAUAGUUCCAAAUGACAAAAGAAGUCAUGCACUUUGAUCAGACACAGUCAGAACACGACGCCCUCUUUUGAAUGCACUGAGUCCGUGAGCCAGUUAUUGUUCGGUUUUCUUGCCAUACGAGUUUACUCAGUUUAUACAAAUACAGAUAAAUGUUAGAGCCAGCUUUGUCUACGAUCAGUGACCUCAUUAUUUAUUGUUUAAUGUAUAUCUUCAUAUCCUCUCAAACUGCUUGAAAUGCAACAGCUGAAGCCUGAAGGUCACGUUCAACUUAAUGUAUUUUUUAUGUAUUACAUGUAAAAAAAAAAAAAAAAAAAAAGAGAGAUAA